GGGCGAGCACGCCGCCCGCCGCCUGCGUCGUCCAUCGCCGCCUUCGGAGAAGGAGGAGGCCGGACCUAUGGCGGGCCGCGACGGAUUCGAGGACGACGACGUCAACCUCCCGCAGUCGUCGCCACCGCGUCGUCCGUCGCCGCCGCCGGAGAACGAGGAGGCCGGACCCGGACCCAUGGCGGGCCGCGACGGAUUCGAGGACGACAACGUCAACCGCCUGCAGUCGUCGCCACCGCGUCGUCGAUCGCCGCCUUCGGAGAAGGAGGAGGCCGGACCCAUGGCGGGCCGCGACGGGUUCGAGGACGAUGACGUCAACCGCCCACAUUCGUCGCCACCGCGACGUCCAUGGCCGCUGUCGGAGUUGGAGGCCGGACCCAUGGCGGGCCGCAACGACUUCGAGGACGACGACGUCAACCCCUUCGCCGGAGGGAGCGUCCCCCCUGCCUCCAAUUCUCGGCUCUCACCUCUCCCCCACGAGCCAGCUGGUUUAUAUAAUGUGGACAUUCCUAUGGAUUCAACUAAGGAUGUGAAGAGAAAGGAGAAAGAACUCAAGGCAAUGGAGCCUGAGCCAAACAAACGAGAAAAGAUUUCUUCGCCGGUGGUGUGCAGCGGGGCAACUGAAGUUCGUCUCUACAAGAGAUCAGAAUAUGGAUCGCCGCUGGUUCAAAUAGCUGCUCUUGUCCCCGUCGCACCACCCCGAGCUGUGGAGGGCGGCUCUGAUGACCCCGGCCAAGAGUUCGCCGGCGAGCCCACUUUGUAUCUGGCGGUGGUCCAAGACGGCCACACCAUUGACAUCGCGCGGCUGCUAUUCCACGGUGGCGAGCCUGCGCUGGAAGCUGACAAGGACGAGGACUACUACGCGGCGGCAGAAUUCAGUUCUAGCGAAGACGACCGGUCCCUCUCAUUGACCCUUGACGACUAUGCGAUGGUGAAAUCCAACUGGAGCGAUGAUGACUGGGCCGUCCCAUCAACAGGUGUUGCUAUGUCAUUUUUGGGAGGGCUGGGGUGCAAGGAGGACUCAGGGAUUCGGGACUGGGACUGGGACAGGGAUGGGGAGGAUGAGGAUGUGGAUGGGGAUGGGGGGGAUGGGGAGGAUGGGGAUGGGGAGGAUGGGGAUGAGGAUGAGGAUGAGGAUGGGGAGGAUGAGGAUGAGGAUGAGGAUGGAUCAAAUUUUGGAGUUUAUGAUAGUGGUGAUGAUUCAGAAUGCAGCAAGGAAGAUGGAGAUGUGGAGGACCAUGGGGAUACUGAGAAAGAUCUAAUCAAGCUUCGUAUUUGGCCAGCGCAGAAGCACCUGCUGCUUAAAUUUUUUAGUGGCAAGCAAUGGAAAUUAACAAAAGCCUACCGCCUAAUCUGGUUGAAAUGUGAUGAAUUGGAAGAGCUAUGCAAGUUCUCUUUCAAAAUGGAUGGUCCUAUUCCUGCUCCCUUUACCACAACCAGUGUUCCUUCUGGAACUGUUGAUAAUCUUCUAGCCUUUUCGAAACCGUCAAUCAACAGUUUCCAAGUUUGUAAAAAACUUGGCAAAGCUAGUGACUGCAAGAUUUUUAAGUGCCUUAUUUCGGGUAGUAGAUGUGCUGUUAAAUGCAUCCCUCUGCAUGCAUCUUGCUUCGAGGAGCCAAGGGAGGUUAAAAUCAUUUCAAGUUUGAGGAAUCGGCGCAUUAUGAGGCUUUUUCAGCCAGAUAACAUAUUCCUUGGCUCUGAUUAUGAAGUACGAAUUGGAGACUUCGGAGAUGCCUGUUGUGGCCAAGACGAGUUCGGAAAAUAUGGCGGUACGCCUAAUUGUGGCACGAAAAGUUAUUUGGCGCCAGAGCUUGAUGGUGAUGAGAAGAUAACUGAGAAGGUUGACAUCUACUCAGUUGGUGUAAUGUUUUUUGAGCUGCUGACACCAUUUGGGUCUGAAUGGGCGAGAGCAUUGGCAUUUGAGGAGCUGAGAGAUAAAGGGCCUCCAGAUGGCUGGAAGGGUGAUUAUGAGGGCGACCGCGAGUUUUAUGAUAGAAUGACCGCUUUGAAACCUGCUGACCGGCCUUCGGUGGAUGAGAUCCUGCUCACGUGCAUAGUACCUAUUCAAAUGAGUUACGUCGUGCCUGCCACCAACAUCGCUUCCACCCGCCUCCCCUCUCUCUUACCACUCCGAUUAGUGCCCUUACUGGAGCACGAGGACGUCGCGGUUGACCUGCUUUACGCCGUCAGGACUGUGGGGAUGGAGUUGUUGCUGGUGUUCAUACACAUCUUCAUCACCCCCAUCAAGCGGUUCCUCCAGACGCUCUGGGACACCGGCAUGCUCGGAUUCGUGCUUGCCAGCCCAGGGACAACCUUUGCAUUGCUCGCAGCCGUCUCAAGUAUUUAA